AUGACAAGUCUAGAUGAUACGAUUAUUUCGUAUCAAAAUAUGAUGCUAUUAGACAAUGUUACAAACUAUUCAAAGGAAUCAAUAGAUUAUUUCAAUUUCAAUUUCAAAUUAUUGGAUUACCAAAGAGACAUCCCAUUAGCAUGGGGGCUUCUAUUGAAAAUGCGUAAACAUAGAUUACUUCGGUUACCAAGUUGUCCAUUAGAAGACAACAUGGAAUACUCAAUAUAUUUAUCAAGAUUACAUCAUUGUCUUUGGAGGCGUUGGUCUAUGGAAACAUUCCAUUUAAAGAACUCAAAGAUUAAUCCAUUGGAAUUAAAUUGGAAUAAAGAAUUAGACAUGACUGUUCUUUACGGUCCAGAUUUAGCUAAUUUUAAUUCAGAGGCAUUCAAAAUCGAGCAAGAAUCAUUAGUGGAUGGUAUAUAUGAUAUUCCUUGUAAUACUACCACCGCCAAAAACGACAUAAUAACAGAGGAAUUAAUAGAAGUAGACUCAGAUGUUUCUGAAAUGGAUAGUUCGUUCGAAGAUUCGUUAUCUGUCGAGUCCAUUUUUGAUUCUAAAACUAAAAGUAAUCUAAUGAGGAAAGACCACAGUACGAAAAGGAAACAUCUAAAAUUUAAUAAUAUAGUAUCUAGAAGAGAUAUUGACCGUCAUGGUCAUUUCUUCGAAUCACAUUUAUUGAUCAAUGAUUCCUGUCCACAAUGA